CUGCAAUCGGCUUUUCGGCAAUACCCGGAUGGAAGUGUAAUGGCCGCCAUCAGGGACUCGCAAGCUUUGGGGACCAUGGCAGGUAUUUCUUCUUUUGAUCACUGCUCCUGAUUGCCGAAGCAGUAGAUUGUAUGACUUUCGUUCCUUGAAGACAGAGAUGGUCCUGGAAUACCAUGGUAUCAUAUAAUUUUCCUUGCUGAACAUGUUAACAUACUUAUGAAAAUCACAGCAGGUGAUACAGUUGAGUUGAAAUUGACUAGAUAAUGAAGCUCCAAUAUUGAAAUCAAUGAAGAAACUGAGGUACAGAGAAGUUGCAGUUUCACAGUGUCACAGAGAAGAGCUGGAACUAAAGCUUGCAUUUCCUGACUUCAAGAUUGUUUAUUUCUUCUUCCAGUUUACUUCUUGGUGAGUUAAUUUGUGAAAAACCUUGUAAUUUGGAGCUGUCUCGGCACAGUAUUGUUUCCUGCUUAAAUUACAAGUAACUUCAAGCAUUUUUAGAAGAAAAGAAAUUUGGAAAUUUUUGUCAAAUCAUGCCAUCUGAACUGAAACAGUUAUUUUUGGGUGAAAAACAAGCAACUUUACAAAAAGAUCAUGAUGUGAAAAACGAGGUAGUUGAUACUAUCCAACCAGUACUUAAAUCCCAAAUUUCAAAAAGUAGUUUUCAUUUUAAACUAAAAGAUGUAAGAAUUGAUUUGCCAAAGAUAUAUAUUCCAAAUGAAGUUUUAUUGAAACACGAAGUAGACAAAUACAGAAGAUUAUUUCAGUAUAAAUCUCAGACGGCAAGAAAAUCUAUCAGGAUAAAGACUGUAAGCUGUGUAGAGGAUUUUAUGUUGCUUCAUAAGUCUGAGAAAGUUGAAGAAGAAGGUAUAAAAAUGGCUGCAAAAAUACUCAACUUUAACUGCUUAAAAUGCCAAGAUAGUAUUCCAUAUAGCCCAAAUGAUUUGCAGAAACAUUUUCAAAUGUGGCACCAUGGUGAAUUACCUUCCUAUCCUUGUGAAAUGUGCAGUUUUUCAGCAAAUGACUUUCAGGUAUUUAAACAACACAGGCGAACCCAUAGAAGCACUUUAGUAAAAUGUGACAUUUGUAACAAUGAGCAUGUAUAUACUUUAUUAGAAUUGACAAGACACUUUUCAUCCACUCAUUGUGUAAAUGGUAAUUUUCAAUGUGAAAAGUGCAAAUUUACCACCCAGGAUGUUGGUACCUUUGUUCAACACAUUCAUAGACAUAAUGAAAUUCAUUAUACCUGUGGUAAAUGCCAUUAUAUAUGUUUUACCAAAGGAGAGCUUCAGAAGCAUCUUCAUAUUCAUUCUGGUACAUUUCCCUUCACUUGUCAGUACUGUAACUAUGGUACCACCAGGCGAGAAUACCUUAUAAGACAUAUUCUAACUUUGCACAAAGAACAUUUAUAUGCAAAAGAAAAACUGGAGAAGGACAAAUACGAAAAAAAAAUGUCGAAAACUUCAGCAGGACUUAAACUGAUACUGAAAAGAUAUAAAAUAGGUGCAUCAAGAAAGACAUUUUGGAAACGUAAGAAGAUUAACAACGGAAGUGACAGAAUUGUAGAGAAGGAUACUCAGUUGUUGGCAAAAUCUGAAGAUCAGAGUCCUUUUGUUCAAGAACAUCUAAAUGAAGAAAAGAAUGAAAGACUGCACUGUGAUAAUAAUGAUAAAACGGUUGGGUCCGAGCUAGAAAAGCCAACUCUUCAGUCCACUGGGCAAUGUAAUAGAAUGGAAGAGGGAUCAAACUCUACUCUAAGUUUCUUUAAGACUGCCGUACAAGGACCUACAGUAUUAACAGUGAAAAAUAACAGAAUAACAAUUCCUGCUAACUACAGUGCUAAGUUCAUGGGCUUCAAGAUGGUAGAUGGAAAACAGCAUAUUGUAAUAAAAUUGUUGCCUACUAACAAACAAAAUUUAUAUACAUUAGGCCCACAGUCAGAUGCUGCAAAGGACAAUACAACUAAUUUGCAGUCCCCAACUCUGGACACCACUGGAAUUUUGCCAGGAGUAGCAUCUGAGUUAAGUGACACAGCUUACAUGAAAGCAACAACUGCAUUGUCAUGUUUCUCUCCUGUACUUUCAGGGAAAAUAACUUCAGAAAAAGAAAUGGCUUUGCUAUCUCAGAGGAGUAAUAUGCUUCAAACAACAGAUGAUGGAAAUAAUAUAUCUUCUUUGUCAACAACGUCAGGAUUGGCUAUGACAUCUGUGAAUUUGACCACAAAAGUUGAACCAAGAGAUAAUGCUGACCUAUGGGGAAAUCCUACCACAGAGAGUCAAUCUGAAAUAUCAGGUACUGCCAUUAAAAGUCCAGAUAAAGUCAAACCAAAUGCAUAUAACAGUGGAGAUAUGCAUAACUAUUGUAUUAAUUAUGUUAACUCUGAGUUACCCAUUGAAUCUUCCAACCAAGGGUCAUUACCUUUUCAUAAUUACUCAAAAGUAAAUAAUUCAAAUAAACGUCGUAGACUUUCAGGAACUUCAGUGUGUGAAAACCCUCAAAGAGAAUCCUCAUCAAGCAAGACAGUUGUUCAGCAACCAAUUAGUGAGUCAGUUUUAUCACUAGUGAAGAAGGAGAGCUCAAACCCAGAUAGCCUGUUAGCAUCUAUUAACUUUUUAAAUACUAAAGAUGGAACUUUGAAAACACAGGUUGAAAUGGAGGAACAGUGUGCUAUAGAAAAAGGACAAAACACUUAUGGGCAGAACCUGUACACUAAUGAAAAUCAAAGUUUAGAAAACACGAAUGAAAAAUCAAAAUGGGGUGAUAUUUCUAAUGUUGAGUCACCUUUGAUGCCCAGAAUCACAUCUGUUUUCUCUCUCCAGAGCCAACAGGCAUCAGAAUUUUUGCCACCUGAGGUAAACCAAUUACUUCAAGAGGUAUUAAAAAUAAAAUCUGAUGUAAAACAAGACUCUAGUAAAAGUCCAGAUAAAGGUCUGCCACUUGAUUAUGACAAUUCAUUUCAGAAAAUUGAAGGGGAAGGCAAAACAGUUGAAUCUUCAAAAGACUUUAAAUUACAUGGCAGCUUCCCAAUUCCAUGUGGUGCUGUAGGGGCUAAUGUGGCCACAAAUGAUCUGACUAUAAAAUGUAGUGAAAAAGGAAAGCAGAUUCUUUCAGUGUCACAAGACACGAGAGAUUCAGAGAAGAUGCCUAGAAUUACAAGUAUUGGGACAUUACUUAAGACUCAGUCAGAUGCAAUAAUAACACAGCAGCUUGUUAAGGACAAACUUAGAGCCACUACACAAAACGUAGGUUCUUUAUAUAUGCAGAAUCCACUUGUAAAUACAGAACCAAAAAAUACUAUAUUUGUUCAGACCCCAAAAGGUCUUUUUGUUCCUUUUCACAUUGCUAACAAGCCAGGAUUACAUGUUGUUUCAGGAAGAUCACUUCCGUUGGUUAAUACCCAAGCUGUACCGGCCUCUCUUCUUUUAAACAAGAAACCUGGGAUGAUUUUAACGUUUAACAGUGGGAAAUUUGAAGGAGUUUCCACUGUCAAAACUGAGAGUGCUCAAGCCUGUGGAACUGCAACUAAGGAGCCUUGUAGAACACCGUUUUUAAAGGUUGAGCCAAACAGUAGUUGUCUGACACCUGCACUUUGUUCCAGCAUUGGCAGUUGUUUGAGCAUGAAAAGUAGUUCAGAAAAUACUUCACCACUAAAAGGUCCUUAUAUUAUUAAAACAACAGCAAGUUCUUCAGCGAAACCUGUACCUACGUCUCAAACGACAUCUGAGCAUCAAGGCACUAAGUUGAAUAUUUUGGAUACAGUAAAACAGCAAAAUGAGGGUUUUCCCAAACCACCGUUUUAUACUCUGUUACCUGAAAGCAAACAAGCUGUUUUUUUGAAGUGUAUGACGCCAAAUAAGACAGAGCUGCUUAAGCCUAAAUUAGUCCAAAGUAGUACUUAUCAAAAUAUACAGCCAAAGAAACCUGAAGUAGCACCACAAAAGUUUUUGCUGAAAAUUUUUAAUCCUGUUUUAAAUGUGACUGCUGCUAAUCUGUCAGUAAUCAACUCUACAUCUUCAUCACAGAAAGACAAUGUACCAUCUAAUCAGACUACAGGGGGAGAGCAGAAAGAGCCAGAAUCUUCUAAAGAGGCCUUAUUAGACGAUAUGAUGCCAGCAAAUGAAAUUGUGAUAACUUCUACUGCAACAUGCCCAGAAUCUUCUGACCAACCUAUGUGUAUUUCUGACCAUUCGGAGACUAGGGUGCUAAGGUACAAAACUAACUGUACAACUGAAAAAAGCUUCAGUAGAAAAAAGACUUCCCGCCAACAUUUUUCAAGAGUAAAGACUCAUCUAAGAGGUGAAGAUUCUGAAACUGUCUUUGUGUCUAAAAACAGAAACUGUAAACGAAAAUGUAAGGGUAGUUACCAAGAAUCUCCAAGAAAAACAUCAUUACAUAGAAAGUGUAAAGAAAAGACUAAACCUGAAGGUGUCCGAGAGGCGUUUGGAUUUAACAGACCUAGACUAUCAAAAGAUUCAGUCAGAACGUUGCGGCUUUUCCCUUUUAGUUCCAAACAACUUGUGAAAUGUCCUCGAAGAAACCAGCCAGUUGUAGUUUUGAAUCAUCCUGAUGCAGAUGCACCGGAAGUAGUGAAUGUAAUGAAAACUAUUGCUAAGUUUAAUGGACGUGUACUUAAAGUUUCAUUAUCUGAAAGAACUAUCAGUGCUUUACUGAAACCAGUUUGUUACAACUCUUCUAAAACAGCUUACGAUUUUUCCAGGAAGCACAAAACAUUUAAACCUGUUAGUUCUGUAAAAGAAAGAUUUGUGCUAAAAUUAACACUAAAAAAGACAAGCAAAAACAAUUAUCAGAUUGUGAAAACUACCUCUGAAAAUGUUCUGAAGGCUAAAUUUAACUGUUGGUUUUGUGGUAGAGUAUUUGACAAUCAGGAUAUUUGGGCUGGUCAUGGGCAGAGACAUUUAAUGGAAGCUACUCGUGAUUGGAAUAUGUUAGAAUAAUUUACAUUAACCACAAAGGAAAAGUAAAAUUAACUGAGGAGAUGUUAAACAGUGGAUUGAAUUACUUUAAUGCUGACAUUUUCUACCUGAAGUUACUUUUAAAAGUUAGAUUUAUACUGAAGAGUAAAAGUUCUUUUGUGUGCAUUUGAGUAUGGUAACACUGCACAUACUAAGUUGUAGAAAAAACAUCAGUACAAAUGUAAUUUAAGUUUUUUAAUCUGUUCUGAGAAUUUAGGGCUAAAGAAAAUUCUGGUAACAUUUUCCCAGUUUAGUUCUUCAGAAACUCUUACAGAGGGUGAGGUUGAUGGCCUGAUUCCCUCUUUUCCACCAGCCUUAUAAAUGGAUAAGUUUAGCUUCUCUGAAGAUGGAGAGCUUAUUCAUCAUGGGACUGAAGAAGUUUCUUACCAUUUGUGAAGAUGUAUGGAGCUCUUGUGUAAAGGAUUUAUUUAGCAUCUGUUAAACAUUCUUUUAAGGAGGUAUUAGGUGUUUGAAAGUACUUUUAAUUCAAUUAUAGCUACACCUUACAUAAUGCUUGAAAAGAACUUUUGACAAAUUUUUUUCUCCUUGUAUACUAUGCCUCAUUGAAAGACCCAAAGUAAAUUUUUUUUUUCUAAACAGCUGUAUCAAACAUUGUAAGGAAUGGGAAGCAUUGAGAGAAGAAUGAAAAAUCUCUGCCUAGUUUGAAGUUAAAUGAGAAAAUAAAACUUUUUUUUUUUUUUGGAAUUUGGUUUUAUUAUUCUCCAGUAAUUCCCUUGAAUGGAACUACUCAGUAUUCUUAUUUGGCAUAUGUUGUUUGUCUCCUAUAAACCAAGUGCCCUUUUCUUUUUUCUUUUUUUUUGCAAUGCUUUUUAAGAACACAGAAGCACUUCGAAGGGAAUGACUUCUUGAAAAUUGAAGGUUUUCUACAAAAAAAUAUUUUGAAUCAAGAUUAGCAGAACAAAUCUUUAUUUUUUUUAAUUAUGAUUGAUGUCUCAACCUGUCUACCUUGGGACAAACCGUUUUUGUUAGCAGCUUUUCAGUAGAAUUGAUAACCCAUAAUAGAUGGUUUACUGAUAGUUGGCAGUUGAAAAUGAAGAAGCAUUAAUUGUGAACUCGGUGGCAGUGCAUAAACUUCAGGAUAAAUUUCUAAGGGUCAUGUUUAACAAUUUUGAUAUGGGUAUUUUCAUGACAACAACAGAAACAUUGAUUUAAACUUUUCAGCUUAGAAGUUUGGAUCAAAUUUUGUUGGAUCAUUAGAUAAUGGAGUUCUUGUAUUACAAAAUUACAUAUGUAAUUUCUUUGUUAUGUUACAACAAGUGUUAAUGGUAUUUUCAUUGAAAAUUUCAGGGCUUUUUUCUGUACAUAACAAUUUAAACCUGUACAUAUUUUUGUACCUUUCAGUUAUGUAAAUUUUGCACAGGAAGUUUGACAUAAAGUUUAUUUUCUUUCAGUUUAGUUUUCUGCAUGCACUAAUAAAACUGGUUGCUUUAUUUAAAAGAAACAUGUAAGACUUUACCCAUGUAUUUUCUUGGUUUUAUUUCAGAUGUAGGCUUAUAGGGGGCGGGGUUUAAUUCAUUUUUCAGGGAUUGAACACUAUUUGUUAGCAAGUGCCUAAAAGAUGUGAAACAGUUUACAUAUGUCAACUGUAACAAUAGGUCCCAAAUGGGUCCAUUCCCCUAGUAGUUUUGUUUUAAAGAAAGCCAUACAUAGAUGCUUCGAGCUAUCUUGCUAUGCACAUUAUACAUGUACUGUUUUUGUGCAGUUUGUCUACUUUCUUGGUGGUGUUUUUUUUUUAAUAAGAUCUGUUAGAAAUGUGUUUCUUAAACUGUUUCGAAGAAUGGAGUUAAUUUGAAAUACACAGUAUAUAUUGACAAUGUAUAUGGUGUUUAAAGAAUGGUAAGCAUUGUUAAAUUUAUGUAAUGGUUGCUUUCUUUUAUUAAAUUUAUCUUGUUUGUGUUUACACAAUUUUUUUCUGUGCUAAAACUGAGUGCUACUUUUCAUUCUAA